AAGCGGAACACAUUUCCACGUGGGAAUAAGUGAGACACGGUGCAGCUUAGCUAUGCAGAUCUGCAGUGUUUGUAGCGAGCAGGUACCAAAAUAUCGAUGCCCGGCCUGCAAAAUCAGAUACUGUUCGGUCAGUUGCUACAAGAAACACAAAGAUGAGUGCGUGCCUGUGAAACCGACUGCGUCACCUGCACCAGAUUUGUCUGUGACAUGCAACAGUGAGGGAGGCUGGAGUGUGGACGAUCUGCUCGAUGAGGACGACCAAUCAGACAGAGUUCCGUUACAGAGGCUUAAACAAUUGGGUGAAUCAGAGGAGCUGAAGGCGAUGUUGUGUAAUCCGCACCUGAGACAGCUCUUGCUCACUGUAGACCAAACGGAGAGCAAAGCAGAUAUCAUGAAAGUGGCCAUGCAGGAACCCCUGUUUGUGGAGUUUGCUGAUCAAUGCUUGAAAAUUGUUGAACCAGCUAAAGAUGAGGACAGUUGUCCAGUGGAUGAACCCCUGUAGGGAGUGUGAGAAGUUGAUGGAGCAUACAUUGGAGAGCCUCUAGAAUGUGCUGUAAAAUAUGGUUGUAAAUACUGUAAUUAAAUGCUGCA